GGUCCCCAGCCCGGCGCCAGCGGCCUCGGCGCGGUCGCCUGCGGGCUGCAGCGCUGAGCCGGGCUCUCGGCCCCGGCGCGCCGAGCACUCGCGUGGGAGUUUGUGCGAGAGCGAGUGAACGCGGCCCGGGGCGGGGCCCGCACGGAGGAGGCGCCCGGACCAUGGUCACCCUCGGCUGAGUUUCCGGCGGCGACUUUGAUUACUGGCAAAUAAUCAUAACAAUACCGAGCCCCGGGGCUGGCCGCCGCCACGGAAAGACUCCGCGGGCCGGCACGCGGGCGCGCCACGCACCUCCCCGCGCUGAUCGCCAACCCCUAACGAGCCGAUGGAAAAAUCCAAAAAUUUCCGCAUCGACGCGCUGCUGGCCGUGGACCCCCCGCGAGCGGCCUCGGCGCAGACCGCGCCGCUGGCCCUGGUCACGUCGCUUGCGGCCGCCGCAGCUGGCCCCGGGGGCGGCGGCGGCGGCGGCGGCGGGGCGAGCGGCGGCUGCAGCCCCGCGUCCUCGGAGCCGCCCGCGGCGCCCGCCGACCGCCUGCGCGCCGAGAGCCCGUCGCCACCGCGCCUGCUGGCCGCGCACUGCGCGCUGCUGCCCAAACCGGGCUUCCUGGGCGCCGGCGGCGCGGGCGGCGGGGCGGGCGGAGGCGGAGGCGGGCCCGGGGGGCCCCACCACCACGCGCACCCCGGCGCCGCCGCCGCCGCUGCCGCUGCAGCUGCCGCCGCCGCCGCCGCCGCGGGGGGUCUGGCGCUGGGGCUGCACCCGGGGGGCGCGCAGGGCGGCGCAGGCCUCCCGGCGCAGGCGGCGCUCUACGGCCACCCGGUCUACGGCUACUCGGCGGCGGCGGCGGCGGCCGCGCUGGCCGGGCAGCACCCGGCGCUCUCCUACUCGUACCCGCAGGUGCAGGGCGCGCACCCCGCGCACCCCGCCGACCCCAUCAAGCUGGGCGCCGGCACCUUUCAGUUGGACCAGUGGCUGCGGGCGUCCACCGCGGGCAUGAUCCUGCCCAAGAUGCCGGACUUUAACUCCCAGGCGCAGUCCAGCCUCCUGGGGAAGUGCCGCCGGCCACGCACCGCCUUCACCAGCCAGCAGCUGCUCGAGCUGGAGCAUCAGUUCAAGCUGAACAAGUACCUGUCGCGGCCCAAACGCUUCGAGGUGGCCACCUCCCUGAUGCUCACCGAGACCCAGGUGAAGAUCUGGUUCCAGAACCGGCGGAUGAAGUGGAAGCGCAGCAAAAAGGCCAAAGAGCAGGCAGCGCAGGAGGCCGAGAAGCAGAAGGGCGGCGCGGGCGCGGGCAAAGGCGGCGGCGCCGGGGACCAAGGCGACGAGGAGCUGCUGGGGCCGCCGGCGCCCGGGGACAAGGGCAGCGGACGCCGCCUGCGGGACUUGAGGGACAGUGACCCCGAGGAGGAGGACGACGACGACGACGAGGACCAUUUCCCCUACAGCAACGGCGCUAGCACGCACGCCGCCUCCUCUGACUGCUCCUCCGGGGCCGACUCGCCUGCCCCGCGGUCCGGCGGGCCCGGCCACCAGCCCCCGCCCCAGUAGGAGCCCCGCGGCCGGCGGGUGGCGUCCGGCCCGGAUGCUGCGACCCCUCCCAUGCCCCCCAGGGCCGCCCCCCAGGCCCGCGAGCGGAGGCGGCCCGGCCCUGGCGGCUGCUGCCCUUGUGGGCCCC